UGUAAAAGAGUCUUGCUUUCACUUUCUUGGCCUAGAGCAGAAGCCGUCCACCACUUAAACUCAUUCAAAAACCACUAGCAUAAAAUGGUGAAGCAUUUACUGCUUUGUUAUAGAAGAAUGUUUAAGCUGAACAAGAAAAGGAAAAUAAUAAUUUGCAAAGUUUCAAUACUUCAAAAGUAUGUGAAGUCACUUUGGAACCAACUUGUUGGUUGCUGUAUAGGCAAAUCCAUCAAGUAUAGGAAAUUAUCACGACAACAUUCCUCCUCCACCACCACUGCCGCGCCGCCAUCUUCGCCGUCCCGCGGGGCUGUCCCCGACGGUGGCUUUAAUGGGAAGUGCUAUUGUGAUCACUCUAAGGAAUCUUUGGAGGAUUUGGUUGCCUUGAAGAUAUGUCUCUUGGGUGAUAACCAAAUUGGCAAGACAAGUUUCUUGACAAAGUACGUAGGAAAGGAAAAAGGAGAAGAAAGUUUUUCAACAACAGGAUUAAAUCAAAUGGAUAAAAUUCUGUGUGUUAAAGGGGCGAGGAUCUCCUAUAGCAUCUGGGAAGUCCAAGGUGAUGUGUCUGCAUCUACUCAAAUUCCAGUAGCUUGUAAAGACUCUGUAGCAAUGCUGUUCAUGUUUGAUCUAACAAGUCGGUGUACACUGAAAAGUGUUAUUAGCUGGUAUCAACAAGCACGACAGUGGAAUCAGAUGGCAAUUCCAGUAAUAAUAGGAACAAAGUUUGAUGAUUUUGUGCAAUUGCCAUUAGAUAUGCAAUGGACCAUCGCAAGUCAGGCAAGAGCAUAUGCAAAAGCACUGAAUGCGACCCUAUUCUUCUCAAGUGCAACAUACAACAUAAAUGUGAAUAAGAUCUUCAAGUUCAUCACAGCCAAGCUCUUCAACUUGCCCUGGACGUUGGAACGUAACCUCACCAUUGGAGAACCAAUCAUUGACUUCUAAUUUACUUCCAUUUUGUAUUUUAAAAGAGAAAAAAAAAAAGCAGUGACUGUAGAUAUGACAAAAUCCAGAAAAAGAAAUUGGUUCUCAACCAACCGGUCACUGGAUUUUGUUUGUAUUGCUACAACCAGUGAAUAUUCGGGUUGUCUUCAUAUGACAUCUUAUGCAAAGGAGAAAAUUUUCCUUCUUA